GCUAACAUCUUCUUUCGCCCCCCUCUCGUUGUCUAAGGACACGUGUCUCUAUAAUGGAUGCCGCCCAUCUCCGAAAACUGAGGAAGAAGCUGAGACAAAUCGAGAACCUCGAGCAUCUUCCCAGAGCGCUCACCCAAAGCGAGGUCGCGAAGGUAUCGCAGAAGCUGGAGCUGCGAAGUCUCUUGGAGCGGCUUUUAUCAAGCAACGUUGCUGCAAAUCCGCAAAAUGCAGCCGUGAAACCAAAAGACGAUGGCAAGAUCAAACACCCCGAAUCACAGAAUCCCGAGCCCCCUCCGUUGAAAGCUGCUGCAAAGAGCUCACAGAAAGCCCCAGACCCCUUCCCAUUACAAAGCUCUGCGUUUCUGGUUCACUGUUUGGAAGGACACAGUGACCUGGUGACGUGCGUCCUCAUCCACGGCUCAUCCGUUAUCUCCGGGAGCUGGGACACGACCGUCCGUGUUUGGGAUGUCCACACGCGCUCUGAGCAGAAGACGCUGUGUGGUCACUCUGGAGCGGUCACCUGUCUGGCGUCUCUCUCUGUGGGAGCGGAGUCAUUAGGUUUAUCGGACUGUUCGCCGAAUGAGGAGUUUGUGGCCAGUGGCUCCUCAGACUGCAGAAUCAUAGUGUGGGGUUUGGCUAUAGGUCGCCCCGCGUUCAGCGUUUACACUUAUUCAGAGGUGUCUUCGCUGGUUCACAUCCCCGAUUCGAAACGCCUGGUUUCUGGAUCAGAUGGGGGCAAAGUCGAUGUUUGGGAUCUUGAAACCAAAGAGAAUGUGCAGUCGAAAAGAGUUCACGAAGACAGAGUGACCGCCUUGCAGAUUCACGCCGGGCUGCUGUUCUCCGGGUCUUCGGAUGGCUGUCUGAAAGUUUGGAGGGUGUCUUCUCCUGGUUCCCUAAUACUCCUGCACUCCUGUGAUCCCCUGACAGACUCGCUGUGUGGCCUUCGCUCGCUUUGUGUCACAGAGGAUCAAGUAUACGUCGCCUGUCAGGGAGUGUGUGUAAAGGCUGUUUGCUGGAAGCAAGACCGUCUCACGCGUCUGACCAAUCACACGUCUGGCGCUGGGUUUGUAGACACGGCAGCUGUCACGUCAGACGGUCUCCUGGUUGCUUCCGGGUUUAACGUUGACCGCGGACACGGAUUCCUGAACGUUCGCAGCACUCAGACAGGCCGUUACCUGGGCACUCUCUCCCAUCCCGAUGCUCCGAGGAUUCUAUGUCUCACCGUCUCGCACGGCCCCGAGGGUCUCGCUUUGUGGGUGACUGGUGGAAAAGAACUCCUUUUGUGGCAGGAACAGCCAAAGAAGCGGGUGCUGGAUGGGGAUGCCGUUCGGUUUCAGUUCUGCUCUGGAUUCCUCAGUUCGCCUCCAGAAACUGAAUCAGAAGACGAGGAAGAUUCGGAUCUAUGGGAGACGGACGUGGAGCCAGUAAAUGUACAAAGCGACGCACAGAGGUGGCAGUGGUGCGUGCUGGUGUAAUGAUUUUUAAUCCCCGGUCGCGCCUUUAAAUUUACCACUCAGAGUUUAUUUUAUUAAAAAUAAAAAUGUUAAAACAUCAGUAUAUCGUGCACAAA